CUUUUUUGCUUAUUGGUGUAGGACAAUAUGGGUUGGAAGGCAGCACAGAAGCUGAUUCAUCACUGGGUCAUGAUAAUCAGAGGUAAAGAUAAAGGGGAGACUGGUGUUGUUAAGCGUGUAGUUCGAUCUCAGAAUCGUGUAAUUUUUGAGGGCAAGAAUCUCGUGAAGAAGCAUAUCAAGCAAGGGCAGGGUCACGAAGGUGGGAUUUUCACUGUAGAAGCCCCUCUUCAUGUCUCAAAUGUUCAGGUUAUCGAUCCAGUCAUAGGGAAGCCCUGCAAAGUCGGAAUUAAAUACUUAGAAGAUGGUAGCAAGGUUAGAGUAGCAAGAGGCAUUGGAACAUCAGGAUCUAUAAUUCCUCGUCCAGAAAUCUUGAAGAUGAGGACGACCCCUAGACCUACUGUUGCCGGUCCCAAGGACACUCCGAUGGAUGUGGUUCUCGAGAAGACAUAUGAUCCUACAACUGGUAAGGGAAUGCCAGAUCUUUAAGCAACAAUGUCCACCUUGCCCAGAAAAGAAAGCAGCUCAAGGGAUGGUGCCCAUGUUUGUUGGUAUAAUUACCAUCAAGUUGUAAUGUUUAUUGCUUGGAGUUUGUUGGGAAUUUGUUAAUUUCCUUUGGCACUGAUGCAGUAGCUGCAAAUUGACUAACUACCGUCUUAAUUGUAUUGUUUUUUCAUAAAUGCCUUAGUUCUAAUUGCCAAAUUAAUUUCACCAA